AUGAUGUAUGUGGUUUUUAUGAUGAGUGUUCUUUUUGUGGUUGGGUUUAUUGGGUUUUCUUCUAAGCCUUCUCCUAUUUAUGGAGGGUUAGGGUUGAUCGUUAGUGGUGGAGUGGGAUGUGGUGUUGUUGUGAGUCUUGGCGGGUCUUUCCUGGGGUUAAUAGUAUUUUUGGUUUACUUAGGAGGAAUAAUAGUGGUUUUUGGUUACACCACAGCUAUGGCUACUGAUGAGUACCCAGAGACUUGGGGAUCGAAUGUUGUGGUCUUGGGAGCGUUAAUUACGGGUCUGCUGAUGGAGGGGGUCGUUGUGGUAUACUUAUUCAGUGGGGGUGGAUGUGAGUUGGUUGGUCUGGAUUUGGGUAGCCUAGAGAAUUGGAUAGUCUUUGGUGAGGAGGGAGGUGAGUACAUUCGUGAGGAUUAUGUUGGUGGGUCGUCUUUGUAUGAUCGUGGGUGUUGAUUAAUGUUAAUAUCAGGUUGAAUGUUGUUUAUUAGUGUUUUUGUUGUCAUUGAGAUUACUCGGGGGCGUUAG